UAUUUGUGUUCGGCUUGCCUUUCUGGUCUACGCUGUUCAACGACACUUUGGGCUACGGUGCUCUCCUGUGCACUGCCAACGGAAUGCAGACACAGUGCGGAAACAUAGACUACUACGCCGUGUGGGCCAAGGAUCACGGGCGCGUCAGGGCUGACGGCUCCUUGUGGGCCUGCUCGUGCGAGGAGGGGGUCUUCUCAGAUUCCGCAUGCAUGCCCACAUCCAUACAGUAUUGGUCGAUCAGCCAUUACAUUUCAACGGCUCCGGGCACUGGCGCGCUGGUCGCCGUCACUGCCUUCCCCAUUCUGUUCGUCUGGAUGUACGGCGGGAACAACCCAUUGCUGAUGGAGUGCGUAAUGCAUACGUCUUAUACGCCGCAGGAGAGGAUCGACAAUAGCAAGCUCCUCACACUGUCGCAGGCCUUCUUCCAGGUGUUCUACGGGCUCUUCCUGUUUUUCUCGCUAUGCGUGUUCGCAGACUACCACGGGAUAGUCGUGAUAGUUUUUAUAAUGGCCGAGGUUGCUCACAUGGUUUUGCUGGCUAAGCAGGUUGGGACUCAUACUAAGGCAGGUACACUCAUUUUGUGGGUUACGGCCACUGGCAUUGCAUUCAUGGUGAUGUUUUGUCUUAUGGCUAUUGUGGCCACGGCCUUUGGCAGCAAGGCUACGUUCUUUCUUUACUGCUUUUGGUUGGGGGAGUGCAUCGGGUUUUCUGCGAUCCUGUCAAUUCCGUGUAUCCUGGUGUGGGUUGUUGAUGUUCCUUACGAAAGCGCCCGCGACGUUGCCCAACCCCUUACCACCGAGGAGGCCGACGGAGACGGCAAGUGA